GUGGGAGGAACAAGAUGGCGGCGCCGGCCGCGAGGACUACAACGCCCACAAAGCCCCGCGCCCCGUCUCCCACCGAGGCUUCGUAAGCCGGCGGGCGAGGGGAACAAGAUGGCGGCCUUGGCCGUGAAGCGGCGGAGUGGCCAACCAAGAGCCCCAAGAGGAAGCCCAGAAGGAGGACAGGUGGGCUGUCAGUCUCUUCUGCUGCUUCUCCUAGUAGCUACCUGCUCAGUUUAUCACAUGGUGGAAAGUAGAGGCCAAAUCGUACCUCAACGAUGCCUGGCACCUCUUUUGCCUGUUUCCUUCUUCAUGUUUCUCCAGACACCUACUCUCCAGGAGUCUGUUGCUGUUGUGCUGCCUUGCGCCCUCGUUACAAGCGGCUGGUGGAUAACAUCUUCCCCGAAGAUCCCAAGGAUGGCCUUGUCAAAGCGGAUAUGGAGAAGCUGACCUUCUAUGCGGUCUCUGCCCCAGAGAAGCUGGAUCGGAUUGGUGCCUAUUUAGCAGAGAGGCUGAGCCGGGAUGUUGUCAGGCACCGUGAUGGGCAUGUCUUCAUUGCGAUGGAGGCCCUGGACCAGCUCUUAAUGGCCUGCCAUUCCCAGAGCAUCAAGCCCUUUGUGGAGAGCUUUCUCCACAUGGUCGCUAAGCUGUUGGAGUCUGGAGAGCCUCGGCUUCAGGUCUUGGGGACCAACUCGUUCGUUAAGUUUGCGAACAUCGAGGAGGAUACGCCUUCCUAUCACCGCCGCUAUGACUUCUUCGUGUCUCGCUUCAGUGCCAUGUGUCACUCCUGCCAUAGCGACCCAGAGAUAAGGAAUGAGAUCCGGAUUGCUGGCAUCCGGGGCAUCCAGGGGGUGGUUCGCAAAACAGUGAACGAUGAGCUCCGAGCCACCAUCUGGGAGCCUCAGCACAUGGACAAGAUUGUUCCCUCGUUGCUUUUUAACAUGCAGAAGCCAGAAGAUGUGGACAGCCGAAUUGGGCCGCCUUCCUCCCCGACAGGAGGCGACAAAGAGGAAAAUCCGGCCGUGCUAGCGGAGAACUGCUUCAGGGAGCUGCUGGGUCGUGCUACCUACGGGAACAUGAAUCAUGCUGUCAGACCGGUCUUUGCACAUCUGGACCAUCACAAACUGUGGGACCCCAAUGAGUUUGCUGUCCAUUGCUUCAAAAUCAUCAUGUACUCCAUCCAGGCCCAGUAUUCCCAUCAUGUGAUCCAGGAAAUCCUGGGGCACCUGGACAGCUGUAAGCGAGACUCUCCCCGCGUUCGCGCCGGCAUCAUCCAGGUCCUUCUAGAGGCCGUGGCCAUUGCUGCUAAAGGAUCCAUCGGCCCAACGGUUCUGGAGGUGUUCAACACUCUGCUGAAGCACCUGAGCCUGAGCGUGGAUCUGGAAUUGGGCCACGGGAGCGACCCCGAGGGCGGCGCCAGCCAGGCUGCCCGCUCCAAGGAGAACGACGAGAAGAUCGUCCAGAACGCCAUCAUUCAAACCAUCGGCUUCUUUGGCAGCAACCUCCCCGAUUACCAGCGGUCUGAGAUCAUGAUGUUCAUUAUGGGGAAGGUCCCUGUCUUCGGGGCCGUGUCUCAGACUCUGGACACCAGCCAACUUGGGGAUUUGGGAACCAGGAGGAUUCAGAUCAUGUUGCUCCGGUCUUUGCUGAUGGUCACAUCAGGGUACAACGCCAAGAGUAUCGCCACCGUCCUCUCGGCCUCAUUUCUCGACCCCCUGCUGUCCUCUUCUCUCAUGGAGGACGGCGAGCUCCGGCAGCUGGUCCUGGAAAUCCUGCACAAUCUGAUCGAUCGGCACGACAACCGAGCCAAGCUCCGAGGAAUCAGGAUCAUCCCUGAUGUGUCUGGUCUGAAGAUCAAGAGAGAGAAGAUUUCUCGGCAAGAUGUGAGCUUCAUGAAGAAGCACGGCCAGCAGCUCUAUCGGCACGUUUACGUGGGCUGCAAAGAGGAGGACAAUGUGCAGAAGAAUUUCGAGUUGCUCUACACGUCGCUGGUCCUGAUCACCAUCGAGUUAGCAAAUGAAGAGGUGGUCACCGACCUCAUCCGCCUGGCGAUUGCCCUGCAGGAUACGGCCAUCCUGAAUGAAGACAACCUCCCCAUGUUCAACCGCUGCAGCCUCAUGGCGCUGGUCGGCGCGUACCUCAACUUCCUGAGCCAGAUGAUUGCCGUGCCCGCCUUCUGCCAACAUGUCAGCAAGGUCAUUGAAACUAGAAGUGUGGAAGCUCCGUUCUUUUUGCCAGAAAUCAUAUUCCAAGAUAAGUGCAGUCUUCCCAAGACCUUGGACAAGGACGACAAGCACCUGUUUUUCCUGACCCAUAAGAUUGCUGAAUCCUUGGGUGGAAGCGGAUACAGUGCGGAGAGGCUGUCGGUGCCUUACGUUCCCCAGGUGACAGAUGAAGACAGGCUGUCCCGAAGGAAGAGCGUUGUGGAUACGAUCUCCAUUCAGGUGGACCUCCUUCCGGGCAACGGCGCAGAAGAUAAGGUCAACAACACAGAGGAAAUUACCUUUGAAGCUCUGAAGAAAGCAAUUGACAACACCGGCCUGGAAGAGCAGGAGAAGGAGAAGAGACGGCUUGUCAUCGAGAAGUUCCAGAAGGCUCCCUUUGAAGAGAUCGCAGCCCAGUGCGAAAGCAAGGCCAACCUCCUUCAUGACCGGCUCACUCAGAUACUGGACCUGACCAUUCGCCCCCCUCCCAGCCCCUCGGGGACCCUGACGAUCACAGCUGGACAUCCCCACUACCAGUCCGUUCCGGUUUAUGAGAUGAAGUUUCCAGAUCUGUGUGUGUAUUAAGAGCCUUUCUGGCCUCUGCUAGGCCUGACGUUAAGCCUUGGCGCACUGGGUGUAAAGCAAGCCUCCGAGGCAUGUUCUGUGCAGCAGCCUCCACACU